CGCCCCGGCCCAGCGCGUCCCGCGGGCCGCCCGCGCCCUCAGCAGCGGAAGGAGGGAGGCGGAGGAGGGAGCCGAGCCCGUGCCGUCCGCUCUGCCGAGCCUUCCCGGUGCCGCCGAGCCUUCCCGGUGCCGCCGAGCCCGCCCGGCGCCGCUCCGCCGUGGCGCGCAGGUAACCGCGGAGCAGCCCAGCCCAGCCCAGCCCAGCCCGGCGCGAUGCCGCGGGCCGCCCUUCGCUGCCGGGGCCCCGGGCGGCGCUGCCACUGACAGCCCAGCUGCCACCGCCGGACGCGGACUUUCUCCUCUUUGUGUUUAUUCUGCCGCUCUCGAGGUACCGCUAUCCUCCUCCCAGCGACCGCGGGCAGGUCCUGGUUGACUCUGGGAUCUUUUUUUUUUUUUUUACCUCCUUCCAGCUCGGUUGCGUGUUCUGAAAGUAUAUUUAUUUUUAAUAAAAGUCGAGCCGCAAAUCGAGUUCGUAGCACAUUCCCCGUUCUGUGGAGUCCGGUUGAUUUCUGCGGUUAAAAAAGUUUACUCCCCCUCCUCCAGUUUUAUUGACACUGAGGAUGAAGAAGGAUUUGCAAAUGAAAGCGCCUUGAAAUACAGCAUCUUUUGGAGAGAGCUCUGCAGUUCUCCAGCCCGUUAAAUCUCGAAUUCCACCCUUUGCCCCUGCUGAAUCCACUGUUCUGCCCUUUACUCUCUGGGGUAAAAAAACCAAACAACAACAACAAAAACCCGAAGGGAAAAAGAAUACCUUUGGCAGCAGGGAAGCUUUGUGUGACUGACCCAACGAGCUACAAGUGUCCAGUUUCUGAAAAGAAGAAAACCCUUUUGUCUUCAGCAGAUCAGUAGAAUUAUUUUGGGAACGAGGAGAGUAUCAAGUGAUCUGGCCUGCUGAAGAGGAGCCUGAAUUCAUCUCUGAGUGGAGAUCUUGGAUUUGCAGGAGGAAGGCUGAGUGUGUCCCCCCAUGUGGCAGAACUGCUCCUCCUCACCAGGGAACUCCAAGUGAAGGACAAAGGUCAAGGGCAGCUUUUACAUUCCACCCAAAAGGCACCACAGUUUGAGAUGAGGAAUUCAGAAGAGCAAGCAGCUACGACAGUUUUACAGCGCCUGCUGCAGGAGCAGCUCCGAUACGGGAACCCAAAUGACAACCGCAACCUUCUCGCCUUACACCAGCAAGCCACAGGGAAUGCCCCCCCUUUCAGCAGCACCGGCAGCCCGGCCGCUCAGAACGAAGGGCUGAGCUCCCAGGACCACCAGCUCGUGACUCAUGCUGCCCGCCAGGAGCCCCAGGGCCAGGAGAUACAGGUGGACAACAGCAUCAUGGAGAAGCAGCUCUCGCCGCGGCUGCAGAACAGCGAGGACCUGCCCACCUACGAGGAGGCCAAGGUGCAGUCGCAGUAUUUCCGUGGCCAGCCGCACGCCAGCGUGGGCGCCGCCUUCUACGUCACCGGCGUCACCAACCAGAAGAUGAGGACUGAGGGGCGGCCCACGGUGCAGAGGGUGAGCCCGGGGAAGGUGCACCAGGACGAGGGGCUGAAGGACCUCAAGCAAGGCCACGUGCGCUCGCUGAGCGAGAGGCUGAUGCAGCUGUCCCUGGCCACCAGCGGCGUCAAGGCCCACGCGCCCGUCACGAGCGCGCCGCUCUCCCCGCUGUCCCCGCUCUCUCCCCAGCAGUCCAGCGACCCUUACAAAAAUUCCGGCUCCAAUGAGUUCUACAAGAACUCGGUGCAGCCCCCUUCCCAGCCCAGCAUGAAAGGAAUGGAGCAGCGGGGGCCUCCCCCGGAGUAUCCCUACAAAAACGUGUCCACCCCGUCUAUGAACUGCAAAGCUCAGGACUCGGGGCACUUCUAUAGUGACCAUCGUGUGAGCCAGCAGGGAAGAGCUGAUGGGCCUAUGAUGAGGUAUCAGCAUCCCCCUGAGUAUGGCUCAGUCAGGCAGAACCCAGAUGUGCAGCUGCAGUUACAACAGAGACCACCUCACCACCACAGCCCGACUUCUUCCUUGACAUCCCUGGGAUCUUUGACUUUGCUCCAGUCUCCACCACCCUCUAGGCUGUCCCCUUCCCAGCACCAGCAACCUCUGACUCCCAGCCAGGCAGAUCCUGCCAUCCUGCCAAGGACCCAGCAGCCUUUCCUGUCCAACCCAGUCCAUCAGGGCGACCUGUACCGACUAUGCCAGCCCUUCCUGGGCCCGCAGCAGCAGCAGGGCGACUCCUACUCCAUGAUGCCCAGGGCCCAGCAGAUCCCUUCCCCCUACCAGCAGAUGCAAGUAGAUCCUUUUGCCAUCGUUUCCAGGGCCCAGCAAAUGGUGGAAAUCCUGUCAGAGGAGAACAGGUCCCUACGACAGGAGCUGGAUGGGUGCUAUGAGAAGGUGGCCCGGCUGCAGAAGCUGGAAACAGAAAUUCAGCAAGUUUCAGAGGCAUACAAAAACCUGGAGAAAUCAUCCUCUAAGCGGGAUGCCCUGGAAAAGGCCAUGAGAAACAAACUGGAAGGAGAAAUCCGUAGGCUUCAUGAUUUCAACAGGGAUCUAAGAGAACGUAUGGAGACAGCCAACAAGCAGCUGGCAGAGAAGGAGUUUGAGGGGUCUGAAGACAAUCGGAAAACCAUCUCCCAGCUCUUUGCACAAAACAAGGAAACACAGAGAGAAAAAGAGAAACUGGAAAUAGAGCUGGCUGCUGCCCGCUCCACCAACGAGGACCAGCGGAGACACAUCGAGAUCCGGGACCAGGCCUUGAACAAUGCUCAGGCCAAGGUGGUGAAACUGGAGGAGGAGCUGAAGAAGAAGCAGGUCUAUGUGGAGAAGGUGGAGAAGAUGCAGCAGGCCCUGGUUCAGCUGCAGGCAGCGUGUGAGAAGAGGGAGCAGCUGGAGCACCGGCUGCGCACGCGGCUGGAGAGGGAGCUGGAGUCUCUGCGCAUGCAGCAGCGCCAGGGCACAUCUCAGGCUGCCAAUGUGUCUGAGUACAAUGCCACAGCUCUCAUGGAGCUCCUGCGUGAGAAGGAGGAGAGGAUCCUUGCUCUGGAAGCUGACAUGACCAAGUGGGAGCAGAAAUACCUGGAGGAAAGUGUGAUGAGACAGUUUGCUUUGGAUGCAGCUGCCACCGUGGCUGCUCAGAGGGACACCACGGUGAUCAGCCACUCACCCAACCCCAGCUAUGACACCUCACUGGAGGCUCGCAUCCAGAAGGAGGAGGAGGAGAUCCUGCUGGCCAACAGGAGAUGUCUCGACAUGGAGGGAAGGAUUAAGACCCUGCACGCCCAGAUCAUCGAGAAGGACGCCAUGAUCAAAGUGCUGCAGCAGCGCUCCCGCAAGGAGCCUGGCAAGACUGAGCAGCUCUCCUCCAUGAGACCUGCCAAGUCCCUCAUGUCCAUCUCCAACGCUGGCUCAGGCCUGCUCUCCCACUCCUCAACGCUGAGCAGCACCCCCAUCCUGGAGGAGAAGAGGGAGGACAAGAGCUGGAAGGGCAGCCUGGGUGUUCUGCUGGGAACAGAAUAUCGUUCAGAAUCCAUCCCCUCCACCCCCUCUCCUGUGCUCCCCUCCACACCCUUGCUGUCAGCCCACUCCAAGACAGGCAGCAGAGACUGCAGCACCCAGACAGACAGGGGCAGUGAGCAGGGCAAAGCUGCUCCUUCCCCUGCAGCUCCCACCCCAGCACGACUCCCCAGCACCAACCUGACCUACAGUGCAGAGAAAACAGAUGGGCCACUCUUCCACUCCAGCACUCUUGAAAGAAAAGCCCCUGUUCAGACUGUGGGGCAGGACCUCCCAGAUGGAGAGAUGGUAGAAUACCUCAUCUGAAAGGCUGUGCCAGGAUCUGAGCUGGGAUAACAGUAGCAAGAAAUUUUUAAAAGACAUUUUUAUUGGGAAAAGAAAAAUGUAGUACCUGAGUAAUAAAAGAACACUCAGCUGUUUGCUCUUGUAUAUUAUGUCUCAGAAGUUUGGACAGGUUAAUUUAUAAUUUGUUCUAAAUUAUAAAAAACCCGUAACACUUGUUCUUUGAAAGUUUCCCCCUUUAUUUUUUAAAUACUGGAUCUGGUAACAUCUGGAGAAAAACAACCUAGACUUUAGGUGCACUACAUCUGGUAUUUCAUUUCAGUGUUUUUAAAGUCUCUUAAGCAGAAGUACCUGCUCUCACAGGUGCUGGUUACAUGUCUAGCUUGAAUGUAGUAAGGUGAGUUUGAUGGCCUUAAAGUGAUCAGAGCCAGGGACUUGUGAGCAUCAUUUAAUGGUUUUAGGAUACAGAUGUUCUGGGAAGCUUUUAUAAACCUGAGCUGUGAUCAAGGGACAUUUCCCUUUCACUUCCUCUUUCCUCUCAGUGUAAGAACUCAGAAUAGGUAUUUCAUGUUCAUAGGCUGAAAAGAUUUCCAUUUUCAGUGUGGUAACCUUUGUUUUUUUUAACUUCCCAAAUUUCUUUUUUAAUUAUUUUGUUAUUAAAACAAACGACUCCGGUGAUUAAUGUCGCAUUUCAUAUUUGUAGUUCCUUUUGCAAGAUUUGCCACACUUUUGUACUUAAGUACUUUUUCAAUAAUUUGUACAGUGGAUAGUAAAUAAUAUAUUGCAUUCAUGUUUUACAUAAAUUAAUAAGGAGAAUUUACAGGCCCAGCCCUGAUCUGUUAGAUCAGAUUUCUGACACGGCAAUUCCAUUGUCUUUAGUGAAACUACUUCAAAUUUACCAUAGCUCAAGUGGGAAGCCCUGUUGUAUUUCAGAUUUAACAUUUUAUUCUACUGCAUCUGUGGAGAAUUUUCUCUGUAGCAGACUUUUCUGUAUUUCAAAUGCCCUUCAACUUUGUAUGUCCCUCCUUUCUGGAGAGACUGGAUUCUUUUUCACAUAGCAAAGCCUCAGAGGUAGAGCUUUAAAGAGAAGCAAAGGUUCAGAUGGCAGAUUCUCUCCUUUCAAAAUACUUCUUUACUUCAUCUGAGUGGAGAGAGCACCUUAGAGAAAGUCCCAGAGGCAUUACAGAAGAAAGUUACUUAUUUAAGUCAUGAGGUUCACUUCCAGAUUUUUGGGAACUAGCACAGAUGCAGCAGUGCUUUGGUUACAGAAACUAUAAGGAGAUAUUAAGACCAAUAGAAGUACAUGAGUAUUUUUUGUUACUGUCUUUGCAUUUUAUUAAAACACUUCAAUAUUAA